AUGCCUUCAAGCGAUGUCUUCGUCGGAUGCCUGGGAAGCGAUCUGCCCCAAGGGGAGGUCCAGCAGUGUCUCGAUUUGCUUCUUCAACACCUCAAAAACGAAACAACUCGGCUCGUGACCAUGCGGGCCUUCUCGAGCAUCUUGACAAAACCCCUCAGCGUGGAUCCGCGUGGUCAUUUGCCGGAAUUGAUUCGAGAACUGACUCCGUUAUUGGUUGUGAAAGACCGCGCCACGAGAAUCGCAGCCCUGCGUUGUCUGUCCGUCGUCUGCAAGCGGAACCCACAGGUGCUACUACUUGACUCACCUGAUCGCUUCUCGGAAAUCCUUUCGGCACUGCCCGCUCUCGUCUCUGAUCAGAGGUUUCUGGUCGCUCAGGGGGCAGUUCACUUUGCCGGGGAGCUUUUGCAGCAGUCGGCCGAGGUGGACGCAGACGUGAACGAGAAGGUCGCCGACCUCGUGGCAAGCGCCGACUUCCUCGAGCCCAUAAUAGCGCUCGCCCACUCUAGUGUCCUGCACGGCCAGAUGCUCGCCGCCAUCCUCUUCCUCAUGCGUUGUAUCGGGCACUUCAAACCCCCCAAACAGCACCACCUCUCAAUACCGGAUCCAUCAACGCCGGAUGUGAAACGCUAUCUAAACUUUCUGAUAUUUGGUGAAAUCGGGUGUAAAAUCAACCUGAGUGAUCGUCAGGACGUGGUGGGCUUGCUGAUGACGUGCCUGACCACCGAGGCCGACAAACCCGCGGACGUGGAGGGUGGCGGCUACUCUGAGCUGCGACCCUUCGCUGCGACGAGCCUCGGUCGCCUGGCGGUCGGCCAGCCCGCCAAAAUGCUCCCCUUCCUCCUGCAAGCCAUCACAGACGCCGACCAACAGCACACGGAGCAUCACCUAGUGGUGUUCUAUCUGCUGCAAGCGCUGCGUGAGGCCAUCGCGCUCCUCUUAGAGAACAAUGCUACUGAGAGUGUUACUGCCAACCUCGAUGCCAUAUGGAUGGUCCUCCUUUCGAAUGCCGGCCGUCCCGAGGAGGGAUCUCGGAGCCUGGUGGCUGAGUGCCUCGGCCGCAUCGCCAUCCUUGCGCCAAAGCGACUCAUCCCCCAGUUGGCAGCUGAGCUUAACUCUCCCCAGGUUGCUGCCUCAAAUCUCAUCCGGUGUACCCUUGUGACAGCGGUCAAGUGUCUCCUGUCGGUCAGCGCCACAAGCGAGACACCCGACGACGGUGCUGAUGGUGGUGGUGGUGGCAGCGGUGGCGCCAGUGCUUACUUCAACCGCCAGGACAUCGAGGCAACUCUCUCCACACCCGGCCUGCUCUCGGCCUUCCUGUCCCGUCUCGUCGAUGUCGACGCGGAUGUCUGCAGGGCAGCCUUCAUCACGCUCAACACCGCCGCGCACCACUGGUCCGCCCUGAUCCGCCCCUUGCUGAAUCAGCCUCUUGGCGACAAGGGCGGUACCCUUCUGGCUGAACUGUACCGCGGCACCGAAGUGCGCCAGGAACUCAUCCGUGUGGUCCAAAUGGGUCCCUUCAAGGUCUGCUUCGAUGACGGCAUCGAGUUGCGGAAGGCUGACUGGAGGUGGGAUGAUACUUCUACUAACCCAGCCGACUAUUCCAGUUCCGUGUUUGAAAUAAGUGGGAUAAUAAACAAGGUGGAAGCCGUUAACGAACGCUGGAAAAGGUCUAUGAGGGAGGAGAGCGAAAAGCUUCUGGCACCGAGAAGAGCCAAGCUUAAGCGGAUGUCCUGGCAACAGGCGCGCGUCACAGCAUACGAGUGCAUGUCAACCAUACUGGACACCUUCGUGGAAGACCUGUCAAUGUCCGACUUCAUUGCCCCGCUAAUCAACGGCCUAAAGGACAAUAACCACGUGAAACUUGUCGUCUGUCACAUCCUCCAGCGUGUCAUCCAAGUCAGUCCCGUCGAUGUUGCCCAAAAAAUGGCCGAAAUCUCCGGGCCCCUGAAGGAGAUUCUGCAGACCAAACCGAAGGAAGACGUCGUGAAACAGGAGUCGGAGAAGGUUGAGGAGGUCAGACGCUGCGCCAUCGCCCUCAUAGUCGACUUCCAGCAGCUGCCGGACAUAAAAAAGAACCAUCACUACAAUGAACUGUUGAAAAUCAUUCAGGCGGAUAGCGCGCUGGUGGCUAUGUUCAAGGGCGCCGCCGCCUCCUCCACCUCCUCCUCCUCCACAACUGACGCGACGCGGCAGCCCCGAGCCGGUGUGGCUGGACAAGGUUAA